AUGCGUUACUCUCUUGUUGCUGCCGCCAUUGUCGGCUCAACGAUGGCGGCCCCGCAGUACUACGAGGCACUCCCAUCUGGCUACGGCAGCAUUCCCUCUUACCCUGCCUCGCCGCCACCGCCCUAUCCCACAUCUACUCCAUGUGAUGAAGAGACUACGCCCACGCCCACGCCUACGCCCAGCACUCCAGCUGCCGCUGUCUCGACCCCAGGCUCGAGUGCCCCAGUCUACCCAGCCUCAAGCUUCCCUGCUUAUCCUGCUGAGAGCUACCCUGCCUAUCCUGCCUCAAGCUACCCUGCCUAUCCUGCCUCAAGCUAUCCAGCUAAGAGCAGCCCAAGUACUCCAGCUGGCGCUAUCUCAACUCCUGCUUCAGGCACCCCAAGCACUCCAGCUGGUGCUAUCUCAACCCCAGCCUACCCAGCUUCUAGCUACCCAGCCUACCCAGCUUCAAGCUACCCUGCCUAUCCUGCCUCAAGCUACCCAGCUAAGAGUAGCCCAAGCACUCCGGCUGGCGCUGUUUCAACUCCCGCUUCAAGCACCUCAGUGGUCUCAUCAAGCACUAUCGACUGCGAGGAGGAAUCGAGCACUCCAGUUGGCGCUGUCUCAACUCCUGCUUCAGGCACCCCAAGCACUCCAGCUGGUGCUAUCUCAACCCCAGGCUCGAGUGUCCCAGUCUACCCAGCCUCGAGCUACCCAGCCUACCCAGCUUCUAGCUACCCGGCUUACCCAGCCUCGAGCUACCCGGCUUACCCAGCCUCGAGCCAACCUGGAUAUCCUGCCUCGAGCUACCCUCCCUACCCCACUGGCAAAGUCUCCUCAAGCUACCCAGUCCAAUCUUCGUCCACGGCAACUCACCCUGAGGAUAUCACCACGACUUAUACUAGCACCAAGACCACCUUUGUGCCAUGUUCUACCUCUAUUGGUACUGGGUCGCAUUCGGGGAUUAUUUACUCCACUUAUCUCACCGCAUCAUACACUCCUAUCAUCGUAACCUCCACGAUCUAUGGAUGCGGAGACAAGUGCCCGAAGCCAACACCCUCCUCGGGUGUCCCACAGUACCCUGCUGUAACUCCUCCCUCGCCUCAGCAGAGCCAGCCUAGCCAGCCUAACCAGCCUGUCUAUCCUCAGCAAUACCAACCUCCUUCGCCUCAGCAGAGCCAGCCCAGCCAGCCUAACCAGCCUGUCUAUCCUCAGCAGAACCAGCCUCCGUCGUCUCAGCAGAACCAGCCUCCUGCGCCUUACUGCCCUCCUGCUGGAGCCGUCACAGUAACUGUAACUCAGACCCAGACUGUAACAACGACUGUUACCCCCGAGGCCUAUGAACAUGAGUACACUCCAGGACCAGUUCCUUAUCCCAAUGGACCUAAGCCGUCUUACCCAGCUGGACCCAUGCAAUCUUACCCAGCCGGACCUAAGCCAUCUUACCCUGCAGGCGCUCAGUCUUCUCCCUACUACCCUAUCCCAAGCAGCACCUCUCAGGGACCUCGCCCUACGGGAUACGUGCCAUCGAGCAGCAUGAGCUCUCCUAGCUACCCUGCUGCCUCGCCAUCCCCCGCAAAGGGCUACCCUGCUGUUUCACCCUCUCCCUACCCAGGUAAUAGUUACCCGGCUGCCUCGCCUUCUCCUUAUCCCGGAAACGGCUACCCAGCUGCAUCGCCUUCUCCUUACCCAGGUAACGGCUACCCGGCUGCCUCGCCUUCUCCUUAUCCCGGAACCGGCUACCCAGCUGCAUCGCCAUCUCCUGCCCCUGGAGGUGACUACGGCUACACCGGCUACAGCGGUUACCCCACCGAGGAUAACUAG